UCAACCUCAAAGCUCACUCUCUCCCAACGCGCGUCGCCGCCCUUACCCGCUCAAUGGUCACCCCCGCAAUUACCCGUCUGGGAUGGAUUGGCACCGGCGUAAUGGGCCGAUCUAUGUGUUCCCACUUGAUAAAGGCAGGAUAUGAGCUCACCAUCUUCACCAGGACCCGGAGCAAAGCUCAAGAGCUCAUUUCCAUGGGGGCGCAAUGGGCUGACUCGCCGAGAUCUGUUGCUUCCAAAUCGGACGUCGUAUUCUCCAUCGUCGGCUACCCGUCAGACGUUCGACACGUCAUCCUCGAUCCUGAGUCCGGCGCACUCUCCGGCCUCAGCCAAGGCGGCGUCGUGGUCGACAUGACCACCUCUGAUCCCUCUCUCGCAGUCGAAAUCCACUCAGCUGCGACCUCCGCCGGCUGCUCCGCAAUAGACGCCCCCGUUUCCGGCGGCGAUCGGGGAGCCCGCAACGCAGCACUUUCAAUCUUCGCCGGCGGGGACCAAACUCUAGUUCAGCGGCUCUCUCCUAUCCUUUCCCUCAUGGGCAGGGUUUACUACAUGGGUACCCCUGGAAAAGGCCAAUUCGCCAAACUGGCAAAUCAAAUAACCAUAGCUUCGACCAUGGUUGGGCUAUGCGAAGGCCUUAUAUAUGCCCACAAAGCAGGUUUGGAUUUGGAAUUAUAUCUGAAUGCAAUCUCAAUGGGAGCUGCAGGAUCAAAAUCACUGGACUUGUAUGGGAGGAGAAUAGUCGGCAGAGAUAUGGAUCCGGGGUUUUAUGUGAAUCACUUUGUUAAAGAUUUGGGAAUCUGCUUAAAAGAGUGUGAGAACAUGUCUUUGGCAUUGCCUGGAUUAGCAUUGGCACAUCAGCUUUAUCUAUCGCUUAAGGCUUACGGAGAAGGCCAUUUAGGCACUCAAGCUCUUGUGUUGGCGUUGGAGAGGCUUAACAAUAUAUCCCUGCAUACUUCUUCUUCUACACAAGUUUAGAUUGGUAAAAAAUUAGACUUUGAUCUUGAUCUGGCCUUAAGUUUAUAUCCCGCUACCUGUGUUGUGAGUACGGUAAAAUUAUCUUGUUUUCAUGGUUGUGAUGUUAUCCUAUUCAAUUCAAUGGUUCAUCGUGUUUCCUACCUGAGAAAGAUUAUGAGGAAUGGUGCCAACCAAAC